UACACGUUACAACGUCAGAGUAGAAUGCUGUUCAGAUAAGCAGCCACUAGACUGGAGCCUCCGCCGGAAUUUAUAUCUCCGGUUUCUUCACUGAAGAUGUCACCGACGUUCUUGAGGUCUUAUCUCCUUGCUUACAAUUGUCUCCAAGCUUCAGCAUGGACGAUUUCGCUCCUGAGUAUCCUCAACAGCUUAGUAUUGAACAAGACAAUCAAUGGCGCUUACUCUUCUGCAGGAUAUUUGAUAAGUGUGAUGCAAACUGCUUGUGUUCUUGAAGUUCUUCAUGGAGCCUUAGGAAUUGUCCCGAGUGGAUUAUUGUCUCCGCUGAUGCAAUGGUGUGGAAGAACACACUUCAUAUUGGCAAUUGUUGGACAGAUCAAGGAGGUCCAGGAUUUGCCGUGGCUGACCAUAACACUUGUAGCUUGGUGUCUAGCAGAGGUUAUUAGAUACCCUCAUUAUGCUUUAGCUUGCCUCGGUAGAGGUCCCUACUGGUUAACUUAUCUCAGGUACACAGGAUUCAUCAUGUUGUUUCCAACGGGACUAGUGGGUGAAAUGUUGACCAUGUACAAAGCCCUUCCACAUAUAAAAGAGAUAAAUCUUUACGCAAAUCUCUUCUCUGUUUUCCCCUUCAGUUACUACGAUUUCCUUUGGGCCUUCCUCUUGGUCUACCCGUUCCUUUGGUUGAAGCUUUAUCUCCCGCUAUUCAGUCAAAGAAAAUCUAAGCUUAGAAGACCGGAUAAGCAUCAGGGCGGGAGAAAGCGAGUGUGAUGUGUGUGUUUAAUAUUUGAUUAUGUGUGCACCAACUUGUUCCUAAAUAAAAACCUUUAAACAAUGGAAAUUGAGAUGGAUGUUGGGAGGCAAUAAU